UCCAGGCAUCAGUCAACGGUGACCGUGCGUUACUGCUAUUCGGCAAUUUUACCCUGGUUUUUCAACAUUUUAAGGACAGGUGCUUGGAUGUAUUCCUUGUCGUCAUGGCUACUUACCACAGACGAAGUGAUAGGAGCGAGGCAUUCCUGUGCUGCAAAACCGGUGACCUGUCGAGACUACAGUACCUGGUGGAGACAAAAGAAGUUGAAGUGAACAUAAGGGAUAAAUGGGACAGCACUUUGUUAUAUUAUGCUUGCCUGUGUGGUCACAAAGAAGUAGUUAGCUACCUGCUGGAGAAUGGGGCGCAGUGUGAAGCCAAAACGUUUGACGGGGAGCGCUGCCUGUAUGGCGCCCUCACAGACGAGAUCAGAGACAUGCUGAAGUCGAGGAAGGUCGUCAAGACUGGGAAGGCAAGACGGGAUGGCUUCCAGGAAUUUCUGCGAAGGUUACUAGAGGGCAGCUGUUACGAUGAUAUUGUCUUUGUUGUACAUGAGGAGGUGUUCCCAGCCCACCGCUGCAUCCUGCAUGCUAGGAGCCCUUACUUCGCCGACAUGCUGGAGACAAAAUGGAAGCACAAGAGCACCAUCAACAUCAAGCACACAAUGGUCCGGCGGCAGGCAUUCAGGGCCAUAUUACAGUAUAUUUACACAGGCUACCUGGAGGUACAUCUAGAUUGCUAUGAGGAUUGCCAACGCUUUGCUAAGCAGUGUCAGAUGACUGAGUUACUAGGACAACUAGAGAGUAAACUACAGGCAAUCUUGCAAUACGUCCCUCAGAAACCAGGCACGCAGGUUUCCAUAGUGACCAUUGAGCCAUCACAGGACUCCACGCUCCUACAUGAUGAUCUGCAGUCUCUAGCCGACAUGGCUGUGCCAUCUGCCUUUUGUCAAUUUUAUGGACCAGGUAUCUUGCCAUUUUGCGGUGAGGUGCCAGAGCGGUCACCCUUUGCUGAUGUCUGCUUCUCAGUGGAAGGCCAGUUCUUCUACUGUCACAAAGUCUUUUUCUGUUGUCGCAGCGAGUAUUUCAGGGCCUUGUUGUCGGAUCACUUCUCAGAGAGCGUCCAGGACCCGUACCACUCGCUGCCGGUGGUGAAGAUGAAUGACAUCAAGCCACAGAUCUUUGCCAAGAUUGUCUACUACAUUUACUCCGAGAGGGUAGAGCUUACAGAGGAUACCAGCUAUGAUGUGCUCUGUUUUGCCGAUCUCUACCUCCUUCCCGGGCUGAAGCGCAUAUGCGCCAACGUAAUCUCCAGUCACCUGACUGAAGACAACGUGAUUUCUGUGCUGCGCGUGUCCAGAAUGUUCUCUCUAAGCAAGCUGGAAGACCAGUGCACAGAGUACAUGGCCAGGCAUCUGGAAAAGUUCAUAGAGUCAGAAGAAUUCCAGCAGCUGAUCCUAGAGGAUGCAGCGGAGAUCACCAACAGGGAAGAGACGGACUCUAUCAUAGUAGUGGAUGACAUCCGCCACCACAUCUCACGCCUGGUGGAGACGUUUAGCGAGAUGGAAGAGGCACAGUGCUCCCUGCACAUGCUGGACGUGUUGCUGCUGAGGUUAGGGCUGGAUUGCUAAAUAAUUUUAGGUGAUGCUCUCUGAAGCAACUUUUCGUCUGCAGUCAUAUGUAAUUCUACCCUGUAAGUUGGUCCUAAGUAAUGUUGUGCAAUGGGUCAGGUUAAAUUGGCCACACCGACCCGAAAUAGAAAUGAGUCUGAUCCAGAAUUGAUCUAAGCUCCCCAAAUCCGAUCCAAACCCAACAGAAAAAUCAAAAUGAAAAAAAAAAAAACCCGGAAUUACCCCAAAACCAAACCAUCCCUCCCCAAAAAAAUCUGGCUUGGACAAAUCCUGUAAUUUGCCAGGUUUUGUGCCUGAAUUUAUCCAUGUUGCAGGAAUUCUUUUAGAAAAACCAUCGCAAAACUCCAAACUGUGGCAAUUUAUUUCUUACACAGUCCUGGUUGGAGUAAAAAAAUUAAUAUUGUGAGGAAAAAAUAACCACAUGUCCUGGUCAUGUCUUUUGAACGCUGAGACUUUACAAUUUAAUAAUGCACAUUGUGAAUGUAUGAGUUGCUUGGGUUUUUCAGUUUACCUCGAUUUGUUCGACAAAACCAAACCCUACACAACCCAGCAGAAGUGGUGGAAAACCAGCUUGAAGUUGGUUUUUGGGUUGUGUCCGUUUCUGUCAAGUCUGAACAUUAGUUCAAAUUUGCAUGUGUUGAAGGUAUGGUCACCACCAUAACGUACUGAAAGUGCUAGUACUGUGUGUAGAUACUUGAUAAUAAACCGCCAAACAACAUUGGUUUCUAAAAAUGAGUGGCUGGGUGUGCAUGCACACUACAGACACUGAUGUGGAAUAAGUUUGGUUUUGAUGAACUGACAUGCAAGUAUGCAGCAAAUAUACUGUACUGUAGAGUAAAAUGCCGGAAUGGCUUUUACACAAAUUUGCUCUGUCCAUUUACUUUUUAGGUUAAGAAUUCUAUCUGAAAACCACUUAACUUUGGAAAUGAAGAAAAGUUCAAUUCUUGAAAAUAAAAUACACUAAGUGGGCGCUCGUGGUUUGUGAAAAAUCAACAUUAUGCGAUUCCGUAAAUUUUCUGGCAGGGAGUGAGCUGUGUUGUCAUUGAUGGUAUAUGGCACAUCUGUUGAUUGCUGGACCCAACCCGUCUGGAGUUUUUCUUACUGUACAUCUGGUAUCUCUGUUAUAAAACGGGGAUUUGUGUUUUAAUUCAGAGAUUUGAAAAUACUUAAUUUAACAUUGGAAAAUGUUAGCAUGUGCAGGCGUUAUAAGACUACCUUUAUGGUACCGUUGAUCAACUUAAUCAGCGUGAUUUGGUGUGAAACUAUUUUUUACACAUUCUUUUGUAGGAGUUAGAUAUGUAAGCAAGAUGCAUGACGCGAUCUUUUUGCCAGAUAUCCCACUAAUUCUUGUCUUGUAAAUAAUAAUUCUGUAUAGCAUUUGGCAGUUUUUUACAGUUGUAAAUAUUAACUUGGAAUUCAUAUUUAUACUCAGUUGUGCUCUUUCACUCGAAGUACAGCUGAGGAAUGAUUCAUGCAAUGUGAUUUAAGAGAAAUCAUUCAGUAUUUUAGAAAAUAUGAGCAAAGAAUUAUAAACAUUACACUCUCUUGUAUUUAUAAUCAAAUUCACUAUUUUCUAGACAUUUCUAUGACAUUUGUUAUGCUUGAACUUCCACAUUAUAGCUUGUACACCCUUCUUGAAUCAUGUCGUAUUCGAGUCCAUCACAAGUCCUUGGACAAAUCCCUUCACAAGUCCAGUCACAAUUCCCCUCACAAGUCCAGUUACA